UUUCGAAUCCUUGAGCUUCGAAUUAACCCAAGCUCCCCUUCAAGUCCCUUUCUCUCUUUUGUCUAUAAAAACUCUCAUAUUCUCCCAAACCCAUUGCAUCAAAGCAGCUAGAGAGAAUACAUCUCUCUCUCUCUCUCUCUCUCUCGAUCUUAACUGCUGCAUUUGUCUUCAUAUCAUGUCAAGGGUCCCAGAGCCACUUACUAUUGGGAGAGUUGUAGGAGAGGUGGUGGAUAAUUUCUUCCCAAGUGUCAAAAUGACAGUAGCUUACAACUCCAACAAACAAGUUGCCAAUGGCCAUGAGCUCAUGCCUGCCGUUAUUACUGCUAGACCUCGGGUUGAAAUCGGCGGCGAGGACAUGAGAGCUGCUUACACAUUGAUCAUGACAGAUCCUGAUGCUCCAAGCCCUAGUGAUCCAUACUUGAGAGAACAUUUGCACUGGAUGGUCACCGAUAUUCCUGGUACUACUGAUGCUUCUUUUGGGAACGAAGUUGUUAGCUAUGAAACUCCAAAACCAACAGUUGGCAUCCACAGGUACGUGUUCAUACUGUUCAAACAGAGAGGAAGACAAACAGUGAGGCCACCAUCUUCGAGGAAUUACUUCAACACCAGGAGGUUCUCAGACGAGAACGGUUUGGGACUCCCAGUGGCUGCAGUGUACUUCAAUGCCCAGAGACAAACAGCUGCAAGAAGAAGAUAA